UUUUAGCAGUGGCCCGACCCCUAAAUCACCCCCGACUCCGAUACCUGGUAGAAGCAGCACACAGGUCCAUCUCCGUCUCCUCUCUUUCCCGCUUCCUUCGACUUGCUUUCUCGCCUUUUGCUUCAAACCCUACUUCUCUUCUCUCUUCUCAAAAUGAAGCUCGUCAGGUUUUUGAUGAAGUUGAACAAUGAAACGGUGUCGAUUGAGCUCAAGAACGGAACCGUCGUUCACGGCACCAUCACAGGCGUGGAUAUCAGCAUGAACACCCAUCUGAAAACAGUGAAACUUACAUUGAAGGGGAAAAAUCCAGUGAGUUUGGAUCACCUCAGUGUGAGGGGUAAUAAUAUUCGCUAUUAUAUCCUGCCUGACAGCUUAAAUCUUGAGACAUUGCUGGUUGAAGAUACACCAAGGGUGAAGCCCAAGAAGCCAACAGCUGGCAGGCCUUUGGGACGUGGUCGGGGUCGUGGGCGUGGACGUGGACGUGGUCGAGGCCGUUGAAUAUGUUGCUCUGUUUCCAAAUUUUUGUGACCGCUGGAUGUGUAGGCAGCUUUGUUGUAGUGAGAAUUUGUGGGCGAUGCUACGAAUUUUAAAGGAAUUGUAUUGGUGUUUUACUGUUCUGUGUGAUUAUUAGCCUGGGUUGAAUAGCUUAAUCAUGAAUCCAGAGGUUCACCGCUCUUUCGUUUUCA